AUGCCAUGUUAUAAUGAAUGUGUAGAGGAUAGCAUCAAUCGAUAUAUUCGAACCAGAUUAUUUAGAAACACAGAAUCAAAGAAUCGAUUAUCAUCAUCAGAAUUGGAAUUUGCGGAAAAGUGA